AUGACUGAGAUAGAAUUUCAACGUAUGACUUUCUUUGUUGUUCUCAGUGUGUUAACAUAUGCAGCGACAAAUGCUGCCACUAUAGAGAGACGUGAUUUGGAAUCGAAUAAUUGGAAAUAUCAUAAUUACGAAGGUAUGACUAAAUUGUUACAAGAAUUCGCCUCAAAAUAUCCUAAGAUAACACGUCUCUACCACAUCGGAGAGUCAGUGCAAGGUCGCAAACUCUGGGUAAUGGAGAUAUCAAAUAAGCCUGGAAAACAUCAAGUCGGUGUACCUGAAUUUAAAUACAUUGCAAACAUGCACGGUAAUGAAGCUGUUGGGAGAGAGGUUCUCUUGAAAUUGAUCAAGGAAUUUUGUGAAGGAUAUAAAUCUGACGCUGAGAUAAAAAGACUGAUAAAAACAACACGUAUUCAUUUAAUGCCCAGUAUGAAUCCAGACGGUUUUGAAUUGGCAUUCAAUUCUGGGACAGAUUCAAAACGUGACUGGCUGCUUGGCCGUUCAAAUGCUAAUAAUGUUGAUCUUAACCGUAACUUCCCAGAUCAGUAUUUUGGAUUAACAAGUGGUAAACCCCAGCCAGAGACUGCAGCUGUAAUGAAGUGGGUUAAAUCAUAUCCCUUCGUAUUGAGUGCUAACCUCCAUGGCGGUUCAUUAGUUGCUAAUUAUCCCUAUGAUGAUACAAUAAACGGUGAAUCAAAAUACAGUGAGUCUCCUGAUGAUGAAAUAUUCCAAGCAUUGGCUAAGACGUUCUCUGAAAACCACUCCACAAUGCAUCUGAAAAAUCCACCUUGGCCGUGUCCUGAAGUGCCUGCGGAACAUUUUCGUGAUGGAAUUACAAAUGGAGCUAAAUGGUACAGCGUCACAGGAGGAAUGCAAGAUUACAACUAUAUCAGAAGUAACUGUUUUGAAAUUACAGUUGAACAGGGUUGUAGGAAGUUUCCACCUGCUGCUGAUUUACCUAAAUAUUGGCUGGAAAAUAAAAAUCCUCUACUGGCUUUUCUAGAUCAGGUAAUUCAUCCUGUUUUACUUUUUUGCUGUAAAGAAUAGAUGCAUAAUUGCUUAUAUCAAUAAAUGUAAAAUUAUUGAUGAUGAAGCCGCUACAACUAAAACUAUAAACUAAACAAUUUGUAUUUUUAGGUACACAAAGGAGUGAAAGGUGUUGUCAAAGAUGAGUCUGGACAACCAGUCAAAGGGGCAAAAAUAUCCAUAAAAAACAAACGUAAGGAUGUGAAAACAGCUGUAGAUGGUGAUUACUGGCGACUGUUAUUACCUGGUGAAUACGACGUGACUGCAUCAGCACGUGGUUACAUCAGCUCUACUAAGAAAGCGAAAGUUGAAGACGCGCCAGCUGCUCAAAUCAAUUUUGUCUUAAAGAAAGUCAACUCUCAAUAUAAACCUCAUGAACCUCAUCAGUAUGACCAAAUGGCGCACGCAGGCGAUAAACCUGGGACGGGGGUCAUUCCGGGACCACUGUUUGGUGCUGGCUUCCCUGAAAAAAAUACCCGUCCUUCUGGUGGAGGUCUGGCGACAAGUAGUAUCAUGAAUCAGGGUGGAGGAAAUGCGGGUUGGGGAAAUUAUGGUAACGUAGCAACUGCAGGAGCUGGCGACGGUGCUGUCCCUGCACAAACAUUGCAGGAUGGUCCAACAGGAAUGUCAGAUGAAAUGUCCAACCCUGUCGGACAUUUGGAAACUGGGAUUGAUUCCUCCCCAAACGUUGGGAUUUUACCAAGUGCAAGGAUUGAGGAUGGACUCAUUUCAAAUUACCAAAGUGAAACAACUCUUCCAAAACUGAACAGUAUGACAGGAAUUGAUGCAAUGGGUUCAAAUUCUGUGGAGAGAUUUACAACUACAAAUCAAGCCAGCCCCGCAAUGCAGGGAGGAAGUCUUGAUUCCAUUGCAAUGUCGUCUCCUUAUGAGUCUAACGCAAGAGAUUAUCUAGAUGGACAGUACUCGGCUAGAAAUGCACAACUUGGAAUGGGUUGA